AUGGAUUUCAAACCCGCUCUUGUUGUCGUGGACGUCCAGAACGAUUUCUGCCCGCCGGACGGCUCAUUGGCUGUGGCCGGGGGACGAGACAUCAUUCCUCUGAUCAACAAACUUCUGGCAUCGGACAAAAUUGCUUUGAAAGUUGCAACACAGGAUUUUCAUCCUGAAGACCACAUCUCUUUCGCUUCGAAUCACCCUCCUCCGAAUAACAAACCAUUCGAAUCAUUCAUCGAUAUGAAGAACAUUGUGGGUAAUAGACCCGACCAGACGAUGAAACAACGACUCUGGCCAGUUCAUUGCGUUCAGGGAACCAAAGGUGCUGAUUUGGUCCAAGAGCUUAACUCGGCUGAUGUUGACAUCACCGUCACCAAAGGCAUGGACGCUCGAGUCGAGAUGUACUCGGCAUUCUCUGACUCUUUUGGCAACCUGACAUCCGGCGCUGGUGGGGUCAAUAUUGACCUUGCAGAUCUUCUGAAGUCGCAGAACAUUACGCACGUGUACGUCGUUGGGCUCGCGGGAGACUACUGUGUCAAGGAUACAGCUUUGGGAGCAAGGAAGGCGGGAUUUUCUACGAUAGUCAUUGAAGAGGGCCAGAGGUGUGUCGAUCCUGGGAGCUGGGAUGAGGUGAGAGAUGUCCUGAAACAGAGUGGGGCUGCUGUGGUCAGUGUCAAUAGUGAAGAGAGUACUUUUGCGGCGUACUAUUGGAACAUCAACCGUCCACGGGAGGAGUGGACUGAAGAAUGUCCUGAAGCGCUUAAAAACAUGUCCGCUAAGGACAUUGGCAUUAUUUCGACAAAAGACGAAGACUGCCACCAUUUUUCAUGGGAGGAGGUGAAAUCUCUAGCUGAAACCAAUCAGGUGGAUCGUUUUCAACGCAAAGCCACGGCUCUCCGGGCAUACCGAGAAUAUGUUUAUGAAUUGAAGCAGAAAUACGGAUCAGUACUAGCAUUUAUCCAGCAUGAACGGCUACAGUGGCAAGAUGUGACGCCAUCUGGAGAGGAACCCUUCGUCAAUCCGAACGAUUACAAGGUUGUUUACAAUGACUGGCCAUAUCAUCUUGAUGGAGAUAUUGCUCACCUCGUCGUGUGGACGAAAUGGGUCAUCGAUGAAUUGCCCAACGAAGAAGUGACGGAAAAGGCCAAGUCGCAGAUUGAGGCUUUUCUCCAAGAUACAUUCUGCUCGAAUGAAUCGGACACGGGAGAGGGGGAUAUCAAAGUGGAUCGAGAUCAAAUUGUCUGGUUCAAGAAUUGGAAGAGCUUGAAGAGUGUGCACGCUUUGGGUAAGUCAAGACGGAUCGCCGGAGCCUGAUGGAAGAGACAUGGAGACUGCAGCUGACCAACCGUGGGAAAGAGCAUUUUCACGUCAUGAUUUACCAGGCACCCGACAAACUGUUGGAAAAGGUUACUCGAGGGGAUCGGCCGGGGUCAGAAAGCUGGACUAAGUUUCAUGAUGGCUGAAUUUGGGGUUUGUGGAAGUGGCGGAUAGAACCAUGAAGAUGAAGAGGUGAGGAUAAAGCAAGUGGGCUCCUGUCUGGAAAACGAAGACGUGAGGAUAAAGCAGGUGGGCUCCAGUCUGGUAACAGGAGCGAUGUGGACAAGGUGGCUAUUUCCCUUCUGACUCGAGAUGAUGGGGAGAUUUUUAUGUAGAGAAUAGAAAAGGACAUGGCGUCGAAGACACUUGACCGAUUUAGUUAUG